AUGUCGCCAGCUGAGCAACUUCGCUUGGUCGGAGUAUCGGAUGCCUACCAGUUGGCGGCGAGCAGCGGAGGAGCAGCAGGCGGAGGAGGAGGCGGAGGCGGCGGCGGAGGAGUGGGAGGAUAUGGUGGCGGUGGAUCCGGAGGAGAUGCAGGCGGCGGGGGCGAGAAAAUGAAGGAUGUGCCCGACAAAUAUGUGACGGCACUCUCGCACUUCCUCGACUGGCAUUCCAAUGGCACGGUUGACAUGGAGCGACUCAAUGGUCCCAUCCUGAAGUCCAGCAUCAAGUCGGUCUACUGGCUGUUCCUCAUCCAGUACGCAGCUCUCGCCCUACUGGGCGUGGUGCUCAAUGUGAUCAUCGUGGUGUACAUCAUGUACCACCGGCUCUACAAGGAUGUGACCCACGCGUUCAUCAUCAAUCUGGCCCUUUGCCACUUCGUCCAGUGCGCCCUCGUCCUGCCCGUCUCGCUGAUGGUCAUGCUCAUCCAGAACUGGAUCUUUGGCCAGUUUUUAUGCUUCUUUCUGCCCAUGCUGCAGGACAUACCGCUGCACGUGGCCAUGAUCUCCCACAUACUGAUCGCCUGGGACCGGAUGCGCUGGCUGAACGAUCCGCUGAAGGGGCGCCUGCCAGGAUUCGUCUGCUGCUGCGCCACCUGGCUAACCGGAAUGGUGAUUGCCCUGCCCUACCCCAUCUACACCAUCUACGUGGAGCUGGGGGACUACAUGCCGCAGCUGUCGGGGAUCGGCUUGUGCGUGGUCAACCUGAUGGACGACAUGCAGGAGUACACGCGCGGACUCUUCCUGCUGAUGUACUGCGGCCCGGCCAUCCUGCUGUCCUACCUGUACAUACGCACCUCCCAGGAGCUGCGUCCACCCGACGGACCCUUCGCCGUCAUGAUGUACGAGCACCGCGCGGAUCUGCGGAUGCGCCAGAGGAACUCCUCCACAUCCUCGGUGGAGCCGCGCCACCUGAGCGGCGGGGGCGUGGCGGGAUUGAGCAAUGGAGGCGGCAGCUCCGCACGCUCCUACGACUUGUACAGCGCCGAACUGGACGUGCAUCGCGAGAAGCGGAAGCAGCGCAACUUUGGUAGCAUGGCCGCCACCCAGGUGGUGUGCAUGUGCCCACUGAUGAUACUGCGCUUCGCCAGGCUAUCGCUGGAGGAGACCUACGAGAAUGCCAAGCACUUCGACUUCACCUACCUGAUGUUCGUGUGGGUGGCCUUUCUGCCCACGGUCAUCUUUCCCUGCAUCUACGCCUCGCAGAUAUUGCCCAGAGAUGAACAGGAGCGUCUGAGGGGCUAUUUCCGGCUAUCCUCGAAGCGCAAGCAGAAGUCCCAGCGUCGCAGCGAUGCUGGCGGAGGAUCCGGUGUGGGGGGCAGUUCCCGCGAGGAUUCCAUCGAGAAGGACGAGGCCUCGAACACGACCAGUGUUCACCACGCUGCUGAGCCGCACAAGCAUUCGUCAAAGUUGCGGCACGAGCGCGAGGUGCGUCUGCCAGGACACGGCUCGUCGGCUGGCGGAGAUCGCUACACAGGAGCACCAUAUCGCCAGGGCAAGGACAGGGAAAGGGACAGGGAUAGGGAGCGUGAUAGGGACAGAGAUAGGGAGCGGGAACGGCAGAGGGCGGGCGGACGCGGUGCCGGAGAUGCCGGUGUGGUCAACAAUCUGGGCAAAGAUGUGCGCGGCAAGAAGCACGACGUCAAGAUCAACAUCAUCUCGGAUGGCGUCGGUCAUGGCGCCACCAGUCACCAUGCUGCUCAUCCCAGCCAUCGCAAACAGCCGGGCGGCAACAACAAUAACAACAACAACAGCAGCAGCAGUCGAAGUCGCACCAAUCCCGGCCAGCGGCAUGGCGGCAGCAAGCUAACCGCCGACUGUCUGUCCAACGUGACCGCCUCGACGUUCUGCAACGGCAGCGGAAGCGUAACUGCCGGCGGAACUGGAAACGGAAAUGGCCUGAGCGGCGUUCUAAUCCCAGACGACAGCAGCACCAGCAACUAUGGCGACGGCGAGGAGAGCUCCGUGGUCAGCAGCAUGAUGGUGCUGCCGCAACGCUGGCCAGGAUCGGGCGGCGGUGUCCUGCGCCACAAGGACGUUUCAUUCAGCGAGUGCAGCAGCACCUGCUCGUCGAGCACUCUGGAGCGCGACCUGGAGAUCAUGGACCAGCUGGAGCGGGAGCGGAGCAUGGACAUCCAAGAGAUGCUGCAGCGUGAACGGGAGCGGGAGAAGGUGCGCCGCCAGCUGCCGGACAUCGAGAAGCUAUACGCACAGCGUUCGCCGAAAGGAAAGCGCGGCGAGGCAGCUGGAGCCGGAGCCGGAACCGGAGCGGGAUUGGCGCUGGUCAUGCCCGGCAGUGAUCCGCUGAGCAGUCUCUCGCAGUCCCGCUCGCUCUCCACGGAGUACAGCCUGUGCUCCACCUUGGAGACCAGCGGCGCAGGGGUGUCCGUUGGCCACGACGAGGUGCUGCCGCACCACCUGGAGGAGGUGGAGGAGGAGGUGGUGCCACCGGACUUCUAUGACAGCUACACGCCAGGCGGCUCCCAGAACCUGCCACCCAAUGCGAGUGGCGCUGCGCCGGUGGCCACCGCUGCAGUUCCCGCCUAUCAGUACCAGUACAGUCGCAAUCGGCUGAGCCGCAAGAGUUCCGGCUCCAGUUCGGGGCACCAUCAUCACGGUCAUCAUCAUGGCCAGCAUGGCGGCGGGGGCGUUGGAGGCGUGGCCGGAGGACGCGGCUCCAAGCGGGACAGCUUCAAUUCGCUAAACGGCACGGAUCUGAUUGCCGGCGCCUUCUGCGAGCUGGAUCCCACGCAACCGCUGAACAAGAUGGCCGUGAUCGAGGGCCGGAUGCGACGCAGCAGUCCGCGCAACGCCAGCUUCAGCUCCGGAUCCGGGGUGUCCGGACGCAGCUCGAUGAAGUCCUCGUCGCGGGACUACGACUACGGGCACGGCUCCUCCUCGCAUUCGGCGCAUCCGGAGCUCGAUUUCAGGGAGAACAUCUUUGCGGAGCUGUAAGAAGGGUUUGGGCAGAGAUUUUAGGAGGCAGUAGCGAGAGGGAAACGAAAAGCUUUACGGUUACGGAUUUGCCAGGAGUUGUGCAGCUACGGGAGCUACGUGUUUAAGUAGGAGAAUUUGCAGAAGCUGUAUUUUUUUUUUUAUGUGUAGGGUAUGUGUGUGGAUGGGCUCACAUUUUUUUUAGCAGACGCAGUUGCUCAGCGUGGAGAAGUCAUAAUUUUGUGGGCGGAUCUCCAGACUAAUGGAGAUACAGAUACAUUUACACCUAAAUGCAUAAGAUAAACUAAAUAUAUAGACCGAGUUAUUGGAAUACUUCGCCCAACUGGUUGUUGACUAAUAAUGUUUGUUGAUUUCUGCGAUCGGCGGGAUUAGGAUUACAGAUCACGGAUCGCAGCUUAGAGAUCAGAGAGAUUGGUGAGAAGGAUGGAAGGGAAUAGGGGAAAACUGUGCCAAGAAACGGAAAUGGGAAGCACUCCCACAAAACGUACACAUUUAUAUAUAUGUCUUUUAAAUGUUGCUAACUUCAAUGGGGAGGGGAAGGGGAGGGGGAAGGGCGUGGCAGGGAUGUGCCUGUGUUUUUAAACUUUCCCAAGCUACAUACAUACAUAUAUGGAUAUAUACGAUAUAUACACUAGACAUAUGCUAAGACAUAUUGAAUAUUACGAAAUCAAAUGAAAAGUUUAUUGAAUGUUAAAUCAAAGUCUAACUACGAACUACGAAUUACAAAAUACAAAAUCCGAUUAAACCAUACAAGUUAUAGUUGUAAGACUAUGCAAUUCUUCUGAGCCCCAAAGAAUUGCUCCACCACACACACACACACAAAGUAUUUGUUCCAGCAUUCCAGCGGGCAUCCAGAUACAGAUUCAAUUUGAUGGAUACGAACUCCUCUCAUCCCGAUGCAGAUCCCGAUCCUGCCUAGAUUUAUAUAGCCCCAUAUAUAUACAUACAUACAUACAUACAUACAUACAUACCCCUAAGUGUGCAAGUGUCCGUUCGUGUGUCUAGCGAUAAGUUCAUUUUUUCAUUGUUGUGGUGGUUCGGUUGGCGGUACGGUGGUGCUGCCUGGGUGUGAGCAAAAAAAACUAAUAAAAACAAAUUUUAUGUGAGUUGAACACACAAAAGCAAA